AUGCCCCUCGACACAUCAACAACAUACCCCCUCACCAAACUCCGUCUCGACGGCCGCCGCUGGAACGAACUCCGUCUCCUACAAGCCCAAAUCUCCACCAACCCAGCCAGCUCCGGCUCCUCGUACCUAUGCAUGGGCAACACGGCGAUAAUGUGCUCCGUUCACGGACCGGCAGAGGGACGGCGAGGCGAUGGUUCUGCAGGUGGUGCGGCGGGUUCUGCGGAGGCGAUUGUCGAGGUUGAUGUGAAUAUUGCUGGGUUUGCGGGCGUUGAUCGGAAGAGGAGGGUUGGGGGGAGUGAUCGACAAUCCUCACGCAUCGCUACAACCCUCCGCGCCGCCUUCCAAUCCCACCUACACACCUACCUCUACCCUCACAGCACAAUCAACAUCCACCUCUCCGUCCUCUCAUCCGACGGCUCCCUCCUCGCCGCCGCAAUUAACGCCUGCACGCUCGCCCUCGUCGACGCCGGAAUCCCCAUGCCCGGCCUCCUCUGCGGCUGCACGGCAGGCAUGAGCGGGAGUGCGUCGACGCCCCGCGAUCCCGACGAAGACUCGCUAGACCCGUUACUGGACCUUUCGCUGCCGGAGGAGCAGGAAUUGCCGUUUUUAACCGUUGGUACGACGACUGCUGUGCCGGUCGGUGAGAUCGCGAUGGACGAGGCGGAUCCGGAAGAGGAGGAGAUGAAGGUGUCGAUGCUGAAUAUGGAUUCCAAGGUGCAUUGUACGUAUAUCGAGACGAUGCUGGCAGUUGGGAUUGAUGGGUGUAAGCAGAUUCGGGAGGUGUUGGAUGGCGUGGUUAAAGGCCGGUAG